AUGUAUAUUGAAUCCUCUGGAGGAUAUGCUAAAAAAUGGGGCGGUCGUAGUCAUACAGCUACAGCUUAUGGUGCAGAUAGUACAAUGACAGCAGCUCAUCGAUCUGGUACUUCAUUAAAAACUAAAGCUCGUAAAACUCUUGUAUGUCAGACACAAUCAGCAUCACAAUUAUCACCAAUGGCAUAUUUACCACAACCACAACAGCAACAACAGCUGGAUUUUCAAUCAUUGAAUGGUGGCUCAUUAACAAUGACUAAUAAUCAAUAUCCAUUACUGAAACAUGCUUCAUCAUUUGUUUGUAGUCGUAGUGUAGGACCGAAUACUACAACAAUCACAGGAGGAUAUGAAAGAAUUGAUACUAUACAAGCGAAAUCAACUACAGAUAUUGAAACCGCUCAGGCAUCAAUUAGUUUACGUUGUCCACCUGCUAAUUUACCAACUGAGAAUAUUUUCAACAAUAAUAAUAAUAACACUACUUAUAUAAAUAAAAGUAGUAACAUAAUAUAUUCUUCAAAUGGACCAAAAGAAUCAAAAGGCUUAUCAAAAGAGAUUGCUUUACGUAUAAAAGAGAAAUUUGAUCAACGUGUAUCAAAACAUUUAUCCAAGUCUAAACAAAAAUCAAAAUCAAGUCCAUAUACUUAUACAUCACAAUAUCAUUUACUUGCUGUAUUUUUAGUAAAUAAAGGUCAUGUUGAAGCAUGGUAUGCAUAUUCAUCAAUGCCAAAUUAUUAUUAUAAUAAUAAUUAUCAACAAAAUGAAUUAGGUCAUAGUCGUUUAUUAGAAUUAACUCAACGUCGAUUGCGUUUAUUACAACGUUAUUAUUCUGAUUGUAGACAAUAUGUUGUACUUUAUGUGAAUAGUAAUAAUUCGGAACAUUAUUUACCAAUGGGAUUAGUGAAUGAUGUAAAUAGUAGUCGACAAAAUACUAAUAAUAAUAAAAAUCAUUCCUUAUCAAUAAAUAGAUUGUUUUGUGAAAAGAAUCGGCCGAUUUAUCGAUUUGUCAAUGCAUUAUUACCAAAGAAUAUGAAAUUUGUCAAUACUACUGAUAAUAAUAAUAAUAGUAAUAAUGAUAAUGAUAAACGAUUGUUUGUUGAUAAAAACGAACACAGUACUAAUUUAACAACAGAUAAUGAAAAAUUGACAAGUAGGACAUCGGACUGUCAGCAUCAAUCAAGGCGGCAACGACAACAACAACAACCGCAGACGAUCAAUAAUCAAAUUGAACAGAAAGAGUCCAAUGAAAUGGAACUAGGUAAAGUGACGAAUUCAAUAAACCAACGACCGAAUCUUUGGAGAAGGCUACUGGGACAUUUAACAUCUUAUCAUCAUUCUACUGAUAGUAGUACUAUUAGUAGUAGUAAAAAUAGUUAUGAAGAGAACAACAAUAAUAAUAAUAAUAUUGAUAAUCAUACUAACAGUACUACUAAUAUUGAUAGAGACAAUUGUUCUGACAAUAAUAAUAAUGAAAAGAUUGAUUUUAAAUGUUAUGAAACAUGUUUACAUUUGGAUAGUUGUCUUGUUAGAGCAGAUUCUCGUCAACAACAUCAUACUUCUCCGAUGAAACCAGACGAAUCAGUACCGCCAUCAUCAACCAAAAUAACUAUGAAUCCAAUUGAUGAGAAUACAUGUACAAAUAAUUUAAACAUUGAAUCAAAUAAUAAUAAUCAUUGUGAAAAUAUAGAAAAGAAUGAUUGUCUUAUUGCAGCAAUUCAACGGAAAACAACCAAUCAGCAAGAUUUAUCAAAUAUGCAUCGUAAAUUAUCGGAUGUUAGUAAGCAUUAUACUGAUAGUCAACAAACAGGUGAUAGUAAUGAAGGUGAACAAAAGAAAUGUACAGUGAAACAAACAAAACAAUUAUCUGAUUGUGAAGAAAUUUGGUUACCUAAAUCUUUUGAAUUGUAAAUGUGUAUGUUGUAUAUGAAUUGAAAAAUAACUUCAUCAAUGCCAUUUUGAAAGAUGGAAAAAAGGGUAAAGAUUUCACAAAACCAUGAUGAACAAAUCUUUAGCAACAAUUGAAUCAUUUUAAGAAAGAAACUCCAUUCACGUAUCACUGCCUACGUUUAAAGAAAAAAAUCCUCAUUAGUUGACAAAAAUUAAACGAUAAUAGUAACGUACAUUUCUACCGAUGAAUAACUA